GAGCCACCAAAGAUUAGCUGUCUUUCAGAACAUCUCUCCCAGUGGCACCAUGGGGAAACAGAAGGUUUACCUGGAGAAGCUGGCACGCGUUGUGCAGGUCCGUAACUUGCUCAUGCGACAGGCUCUGGCUGAAUGCCUGGGGACCCUAAUCUUGGUGAUGUUUGGCUGCGGAUCUGUGGCCCAGCUGGUGCUCAGUGGCGGCUCCCACGGAAUGUUCCUUACCGUCAACUUCGCUUUCGGCUUUGCUGCCAUGCUUGGGAUCCUCGUUUGUGGACAGAUUUCAGGAGGCCAUCUCAACCCUACUGUGACCCUUGCCUUGUGCAUACUUGGGAGAGAACCGUGGAGGAAGUUCCCAAUAUUUUUUCUGUCUCAAACACUGGGUGGCUUUCUGGGCUCUGGAAUCAUUUUUGGAAUGUACUAUGAUGCUUUGACAGACUAUAGCCAAGGAGUGUUUAAGGUUUCUGGAGAAAAUGCCACAGCAUCAAUCUUCGCCACAUACCCCUCCAAGCAUCUGACUCUUGUCAAUGGCUUUUUUGAUCAGAUGAUAGGAACUGCUGCACUCAUCAUCUGCAUCCUCGCCAUAGUGGAUCCCUACAACAAUCCCAUCCCAAGAGGCCUUGAGGCCUUCACGGUAGGCUUUGUUGUGCUAGUCAUCGGCUUGUCCAUGGGCUUCAAUUCUGGGUAUGCUGUCAACCCUGCCAGAGACCUGGGUCCUCGUCUCUUCACUGCAAUAGCCGGCUGGGGAACUGAAGUCUUCACGUCCGACUCUUACUGGUUUUUCGUGCCCGUUUUUGCCCCCUUCCUGGGAACAGUUGUUGGCGUGCUGGUGUAUCAGCUCAUGGUGGGCUUCCAUGUGGAGGGGGAGGCCCGGGAGAAAGCAGAGCAAGCGGCAGAAAGCGUUCAUCUGUCCAACAUGACUUCCAAGGAUACAGCCUAAAUCCUUCCCCACUCCCUUUGUCUUUCGCCCUUGUCUCCUUCGCCCCUCUCGUUUUCCUUCUGUCCCAUCAUCCCACUCUGUUGCGACAAAGCCUCAGACUGCUCUGCCUUUGGCCCACUCAGACCAAAUCUAUCAAAGGACAGCAUGUUCUCGCUUCAACAGGACGUCUCAAGAAAGCAGAAAUUCAUCCACUACAAAACAUACUUGUCUAUAUAUGGUGAAUUAUUUGCUAUGAAUUAUAGGCCUCUGGCACAAAAGCAAUACUAAUUCAGUGUAUGACUAACAUUCAUUUCUUUUGACAUUAACUUACCUUUCUACUACCUCCAUUUUUUCAGUCUGAAGUCACUAUCCUUCUGUUAAGUUUAAUCUUGUCUUCCAUCUGUUCCAAAUUAGCAUUAAUACAGAAAUAUAUUAAAUGUUAUUGGAUAAAAAGAUGUUUACGAUGAACUCAUGCACAGUCCACUAGCUCCAAUCUGUGUUGCUAUCUCAAGGUUUAUCCUAGUCACUAUGUUCCCCAGCUUUAUUCGCUGGGGGUAUACUGUGCCUUAAUGUACCAUCUCAUCCUAUGGUUGCAUCCUGUGUAAUAUUAUUGGUGUAUGUCAUUUCUUAUCAUUUUGUUUAUCUAAAUUUGUUAUUUUCCAAUAUACUUUCUAAGCAGCUGGUAUGUCUUUUU